GGCAGGGCCGACAUAGAACCUCGGCUCUAUCACGUCUCGCAAUAAACUCCGGACUUCCCAGGUUAUACAUUACUAGUUGACAGUAAGAGGUGAAAUAAGAAAUGAUAUAGCAGGCUUUUUCACAUUUUGCUCGAGAGCUGUCGAUAUAGAAACAUGCAGUAUGGCUUUUCCAUUACUUGCGCUCUGUUGAUUGCUAGGGUCUCAAGUGCCUUUUUCCUUCCCUCUCGCGCUCCUCGAUUUCGACUUGAAAGCCCUGCAACGGCGGAAAAUAUCGACCAAACAUUUAUUCUGCCCAUAUUUCCUCUGCGAAAAGCAGUCAAGCUUCCAACCGAGUCGCUCAAGCUCAAUCUUUACGAAGAACGGUAUCUUCUCAUGUCGGAACACAUUCUUCGUCAAGCAGAAGACAAGCGCAUGUUUGGGGCAAUCUUUUGUUCGGACAAAGCGCAAAUGGUCAAAGCCGGGUUGGGACCAAUCGUGCCUAUAAUUCGUUCAGGAGACAUCGGGCUCACCUUUUUCGUCCAUAACGUUGACGAAUGCAUGGUACCGACCCUGGGCGGAGAGCUUCGCCGAAGAAUUCGAUUGCUCGGUAGUGGUAUACACGGAUUUCAAGUAAAAAGAGUUUUGCACUCUGGUUUCGGUGACGAAACGAAGUCGCUUCCAUACAUUAUGGUAGAGGCUGUGCCUUUGUUUGAUAUUACAGACACGCAGCUGAAGCCAGCGGUGAUUGAAUUUUCGAAGAAAGAUAUCAGGGGUGUGGACCUCUAUCAGUCUCUUGAAUUGCGCGAUGAAGAAAGUAUUGAGAACUGUGAAGAAAACAUAACGUUUUGGAAUAACGACUCUGUCGAUCUUGAUCUUCUCCAGCGUUUUGCUGAGAAAGCAUCAAAACAAAUUUUACCAUCGACCUUUCGUCAAGAACUGCUCUCCUUCGCAUGUACUUCCAAAAAGUUGGACGAGUCAUCUUCUCUCCUACGACACCAAGCUUUGUCGACCACUUCGACCCGAGACCGCUUCGAUCCCACUGGGGAGAAAGCAAGUCUGGAUGUUUCACCGUCCGUCUGGAAAGAGUAG